GCAAUAAAUCGUUUACUUGACCGCAACAUACUGUUAAUUAAAUCAAUAUCGUUCUGCCGUUAAGUGCGUGUGUCACGCAGUCUACAUUCUGCAGCGGCACCCAGCGGCAGGUGUCAGUCACUACCGAAGGUGCGACACGCACCGCGACAAUGUCCGUGACACAAGACGCAGUCCAUUGACAUGUGUCACAGGUUUUAGUGACACAUGCCACUCUCUACUGGCACAUGCCACUGAAAACCGGAAGUGUCACUGAGCAUAGUGGCAUGUGCCAAUGGCAUCUGUGCGUCAGAUGUCAUGUCACUUAAUGUUAAAACUGCUUCUGAUAAACAGGAGAAAACGAACAAAACAAACAGGCACCCGUCUCCCAACCCAGCUCCACUGAAACAAGGUCCAGGAAAUAAGCAACAAACGUACCAUUACAACUAAACCAUUAGCUACUUUAAUCAAUGGUUGACAGCAAAUGUCUAAGUUAGCGAUGCUUUCACACACGUUAAACAGAGGAACCAACAAGGCCACCAGGAGAGCGGGGAGCCAACGAUUCCUUCCACCAGAUGACUUAAAUACUGCGGCAAUCCGUCCUGCCACCAACCAGCUUCGUCCUCCUAAUCAGCUUCACCUGUAAACAAUUAGAGUGGAAGCGGGAGAGACAGAGAAACGCAGGAAAAGAGCUACGCACGCACACACAUAAACGAAUGAUAUCCCGUUCUCCUAGAAAUACGCGAAUCCAUUCGUAACACAAGUCAUAUGAUGCUUUGUGUGUUCAUGAAAAGAUGAAAAGUCCUUUUAAAAGUUGACUGUAAUCUCUCUUGUAGCCAAUAAUACUUUAACACCAGGUGAUGAGGAACCUGAUUCACCAGACCGGAGUGAGAGGAGGAGAACUGAUAUCAGUCCAGUGGUCCUGGGCUCAGGAAGACCCUCUUCUGCCUUUCUCUGAACACCUGGACCUCGAGCACAAGGUGCGGCUGAAGUGGGGAUUUGAUGAGAUCCAGGGCUCUAUCUUGUUCGAGCUCACGGUCAACACCAGCGGCUGGGUCAGUUUUGGCUUCAGCCCCAAAGGAGGAAUGACUGGAGCCGAUAUCGUCAUUGGAGGAGUUGGACCCAAAGGCAGUUACUUCACGGAUCGUUAUGCUGGGGGGAAUUCAAUGCCUGUGGUUGACCAGCAACAGAACUACAAACUCCUGUCUCUGACCGAGUCUGAUGGGAAAACAGUCAUGAAGUUUCAGAGGUCCAUCAGUUCCUGUGAUGAAAAUGAUUUAGCCAUCACUAAUCUCCCCAUGAAGCUGAUCUAUGCGUACGGACAAGCGGAUGACAUCACGUACCACAGCACCCGAAGAGGCACAAAGGAGCUGAACCUGUUGAAGUACAUGCCUCGGGUCAACCCUCCAAACACCAACUUUUUUGAGAUUACUAUGGUCAAUUUCACUGUACCAGCCAAACAAACCCACUAUCACUGCAAGAUUGUGAGAACCCCGACAUUUGAUCGCAAACAGCACAUUUAUCGCAUUGAGCCGGUGAUCACAAACUCUGACCUCGUGCAUCAUCUGCUGCUGUACCGCUGCCCUCCAACUGUAACAGAGCCGUUUGAGGCGGAGUGUUAUUCUGGGGUGAAUGAAGAGGGUAUGGAGACCGUGGCAGUGUGGGGAGUUGGCGGAGGGGCUUUUGAAUUUCCUGAGGUGGCAGGACUUCCAAUUGGAGGAAAUGUUGGCGAUUUUUUCUACAGACUUGAAGUACAUUACAACAACCCCAAUAAAAGUGCAGGUCGAGUUGAUAACUCAGGUCUGCGAUUCUAUUACACAUCUGAACUCCGUCAGCACGACGCAGCUGUUCUGAUGACAGGGCUUGCUGUGGCCCCUGGGUACGCCAUCCCACCCAAAGCCAAAUCCUUCCUCACGUACGGCCUGUGUGACACUGCUUAUAUUCCAACGGUUCUGGAGACGCCACAUGAUCUUCAGGUGUUCUCUGUGAUGCUGCACACACACUUAGCUGGGCGGAAGGUGCGAGUCGGACACUUCAGAGGAAGUAAACAGAUCGAUUUUCUAGCUGUGGAUGAAAACUAUGAUUUUGAAUAUCAGGAAGUGACGAAUUUGGGCAAAACCAAGACAGUGAAGUUGGGUGACAAAUUGCUGGUGGAGUGCACCUAUAAUACUGAAAAGCGCAGCACACUCACAUGGGGGGGGCUCUCAACUUCAGAGGAGAUGUGUUUGGCCUUCCUCUUCUACUAUCCAGCUAUGAAUCUGAGCGGCUGUAUAAGCCUCCCUAAUGAAACUACUUUAAUAUCUGAGAUGGGAGCAAAAGAUACAGCUACUUGGCUCAAUAUGAUGUUCACAAAGACUUGGAAUGACACAUCUAUCAAUCAAUACCAACAAACACUGAAGAGAAUCGACCAGCACGUCAUGGUCAUUAACUCAAAUAACAACAUAUCAAGCAACACAGGGCUGAUUCCUGACCUCAAUGUCAUCCCGUCUGCACCCUGCAUGAGCAACAGUGCCACCAAAAGUCUUGCUUUGCCAUCGCUGCUCCUCUGUUUGGCAGUGGGGGUCCUUUUGAAACAUUAAUGAAAAAUAGAACUGAUGUAACUU